UCAGAGACCAAGGACCAUCUCCACUUUCUACAGACUUUCUCCUUUCGCUGUGUCCUUCCUGCUGAUGGAGACUCGCUGAGCUUCACUGUCACCGCUGAUUUCUCAUCUGAGGACCUGCGAAAGGAGCUGUCAUGUCUGACAAAGAGUCUGGAGAAGAUCAGCCGGUGGGACAUCAUGACAAGGACUCUAUCAGACUUCUGUCCCCUCACACUGGACAUCAACACGGCAAACAGAGACCUCCAUCUGUCUGAAGGGUACAAGAAGGUGACAAGUGAGGGGACAGUGACAGAAUAUCCUGAUCAUCCUGACAGAUUUGAAUUCUGGCCUCAAGUUCUGUGCAGAGAGGCUUUGACUGGGACUCGCUGUUACUGGGAGGUGGAGUGCAGUGGAGAAUCUGUGGUGAUUGGAGUCGCAUAUAAAGGACUGAGCAGGAAAGGACGGGUCGAUGAGUGCGGCCUUGGAGGCAACGAUAAAUCCUGGAGUUUGUGGUGGUCUCUUUCCCAGUACUCUGUGUGGCACAAUAACAAGCAGACUGUAAUCAGCGCCCCCUCCAGCCCCAGAAUAGGUGUGUAUCUGGACUGGCCUGCUGGCUCUCUGUCAUUUUAUAGCGUCUCACACACAAUGACCCUCCUGCACAGGUUCAACACCUCCUUCACUGAGCCCCUCUAUCCAGGGUUUUAUGUUGAUCCUGACUGCAGUGUAACAAUCUGCCAUCUGACACCAUGUGACCACUGACCAGUACCCUCCACCAGUCACUUGAUGUCCCCUACAAGCUCAGGUGUCUUUGUGUUUGCAGUUUGGGUUCAAAUUAAUUUUACCCUAGAGGUGGAGGGGCAGCACCUCUGUGAGUGAAUUUGUGGAUGAGAAUGCGGGGCGAGUGCAGCUGUCAGGGUCUCCAUUAUUAUUGGGUGUGAGUAGCCAA